AUGUCAGAUUCUCCCAUCUCUAAGAUCGAAUCUCGCGGAAAAUCAGACUACAUAUUUAAGCUUGCCUUCAUUUCCAAUUUUCUGGGCUUGAUAGCCUUCUCUUUAUAUCAUAUCAUAAGAUUCGGCGGCUCCGAUUUUUCCACUGCGAUGCUUUUUUUCCAGCAAUUACUGGUUUUUUUGGAUCUAAAUCCGAAGGCCAUCGAUGAUGUUGUGUUCAAGGAUUUCGGAUUGCUCUUGAAAAUCUUGCUUCCCGUAAACCUGCUAUCUCUGAUCCUUACCUUUCUAUUUUUUUAUUUAUUCUACUUUUUCCCUGUUUUUUCAUUUUGGUUUUCUGUUGUCACAUCAUUGCUUAUUUCGCUGUGCGCGUCCGUAUACUUUGCAUUGUUUGAGAACUACCUUGCUUCUGGAGCUAUUCUUCUCAUUGUCUGUUUUUUUAUUUUCCUAUUAGCCCUGUACGGAAAAAACCACAUAAAAGUGGCCUUUUUCUUCAAGAGCACGUUGUUUAUACUUUACAAGGUCCGAUGGAUUGUGGUCUUGCACUUGUCUUUGCUAUUUAUCCAUGUGUUUCUUGCCCCUCUUUUGUUUUGUCCUACUGAUCAUUUACUGGACUCUCGCGAGAACAUUUCCCUUUGGUCGUUUUCGUUUCAAAUGGCUUACUUGAAUUUUUCUAGCGGAUGGAUAGAAAGCUCCAUCACGAUUUUUGUGCAAAUGGUAUCCACCACACUGAUAUGCGGUCACCUUUAUCCGCAAACGGGCACAACCUCCCUAACUAGCGCCUUCAAGCGAUCUUUUAAAUUGCAUCUUGGGCCGAUUUUCCAAAUCUCGCUCAUCUUGGCCAUCAUCAACACGAUGCUUGGUUCGAUCGGAUUGGCCUCGGACUCCCUGUUAGCAUAUUGGAUUUUUUUAAUCAUUGCGAGUUAUCUCGAUCUAUUCAUCCGGAUUAUCGGCAUAAAUAUCUCUCUAUUAAAUAAGGGAGUUUCAGGGGCUUCCUAUGCAACGUUUGCUUUAUUUAAAAGAUGCCCAAAGCCCGUCAUCAGCAUUCUUCACUUGACUGUCUUGAGUAGUUUAUGUCCGGUUUUAUUUAGUCUUGUGAUUACUGAUACUGUGACCAAUAUAUUUCACACCUACUCAAACGUUCCCGAGGAGUUUGUUCUUCUGGCUUCAAUUAUUCGCUGUAAAAGCUUGCUUGUGCUUAGCAUGACGUUUUCAAUAGUUUGUCUUUCUGUAUAUAUUUUAUAUAAGAACGAUAAAAAUUGCAUCCAACACUUGCCCGGCUAUGAUGAGCUUAUGCUUCCCUUAAAGAAAGGUGCUAGCGAGGAAAAGGCUACCGCCAUUUAA